GCGUUACAAAACACAAACACGGGCCUUUAAAGUGACCGUGUGUGACAGAUCCCGGUAGCGGACAUCCAAAUCUAAAAUAUGACAGUCUGAGGUCGUGGCUUUUUCUUAUAUUAUGCUUCAUAAUGUCUCCUGCAAACGCCGCAAUGCAAGACGAGACUGACACAGAGCCGACCUCUGGAAACUGGUCCUGGUGGCCCUCUUGGAGACCAACAUCCAUGUCCUUACUGAAAUGUGCUGAGGCUAAAAUUCUUGCCUGUAUCCAGAAUAACAUUUGGUCCAGAUUUGUGACUUUGCCAAAUCAGAACAGAAUAUGGACCCUUAAAGUCACCAAUAAGACAGCACUCAAAUAUAAAGACCAAGCCGCUCAGACGCCCCUAGUGAUGAUCCACGGGUUUGGAGGGGGUGUCGGCCUCUGGAUCCGUAACUUGGACGCUUUGAGUCAUUCUCGACCCGUCUACGUCUUUGACCUGCUGGGCUUCGGGCGCAGCUCUCGCCCGUCGUUCCCAUCUGACUCCUCGUUGGCCGAAGAGCAGUUUGUUAGUUCAAUAGAGCAAUGGAGACAAUCACUGGGCCUGGAACGCAUGAUCCUAUUGGGCCACAGCCUGGGUGGUUACCUAGCAACGUCCUAUACCAUUCAAUAUCCUGAAAGAGUCAGUCAUCUCAUCCUGGUGGAUGCGUGGGGUUUCCCUGAGCGACCUCAGCCUCAGUUACAGGAGUCAGGAGAUCAAGGGUCACAGCUUAAAAGGGUGUCGCCGCCUCGCUGGGUGAAAGCUCUUGCUUCAGUGUUCAGCCUGUUCAACCCACUGGCCGUCAUCAGAGCAGCUGGACCGUGGGGUCCAGGGCUGGUGAACAGAUUCCGUCCUGACUUCAAGAGGAAGUUUGAGGAUCUGUUUGAGGACGACACCAUGACACAAUACAUCUACCACUGUAACGCCCAGAGCCCAAGCGGUGAGGUGGGUUUCAAAGCCAUGUCUGAGUCUUUCGGCUGGGCCAAAAGGCCAAUGGUUCAGCGCGUGAACCUGCUGCCGCCGUCGACGCCUGUCAGCAUGUUGUACGGCUCGCUCUCAUGGGUGGACAGCUCUACUGGACACACAGUCAUUCAGAUCAGAGGCAAAAGCCCCACCAGUGUCACGCUGAUUGAAGAUGCUUCCCAUCAUGUCUACGCCGACCAGCCGGAAGAGUUCAACCGAGUGGUUGAGAGUAUCUGUAAUACAGUAGACUAAAUAUAUAUAAAAAUCAGAGAGAAUGUACAUUGAUUUGUGUGUGGGCAUUUCUAUCUUUGAAAUAGGUCUGUCCUGUGUUUGUGGGAUGAUUGGAUUGAUAGAAACAUUUAAAGGCAAAGCUGUUCUCAGACCUUGUCACUUCAUAAUCAGAUUUUAUUGUUUGUGGCCUUUAAUGUGGAGAAGCUCAAUGACUGUACUGCAGAAUUUAAUGGAAGCUAGUUGUAUUUGUAUUUUGUAACCUAUAUUUUAUUCAGAUUUCUUUUUAAGCAUGCACUGAGAGAAGUUGUUAAACCUGUGUCAUAAAUGCAUUGACAAUGUUUGGACAGUCAUAUUGACUAAAAGAAGAGAUGUUUAAUAAUUAUUUCAUUAAAAGCAUUAUAAACGAUUGUCUGUAUUUUAUAACGUGCAUAUAUCAAUACAGUGCUGUACCUUUAA